UUAAAUCUACAGUAAGUUACUGGCAAACAGCUGACAGUAAUACUGUAAUUUCCAAAAGAGUCCCUUAAGAAUUAUCAUUUUGGAAAGAACCUUUAAAGUCAAAGAUUCUUCAAAGAACCAUUCCUUUCUUAUCUUUUUAUAACCUGAAGAACCUUUACAAAUAAUAUACAAAUAAAGGUUCUGUGGAUGCAGAGGGUUCAUACUGCCCAAAGAAUCUUUCUGAACCUUAUGUUUAAAAGUGUACCAUGGUAUAAAAAUAUGGAGACAACCAAAUGAGAUUUAAUUGCUUCACAAAGACUGAUUCUAAAUUUAUAAACCGUUCUAUAAAGCAAAACAUCCCGAGUCUGAACAUAUUGCUGUUUGAUGUUCCAUUGCGAGUGAAUCAUAAAAUGUUACUACGAGACCGGGGGCUUUUACCUCAUGGUGACGUUAAAGUGUUCCCCUCGACAAAUAUAAACAAUUUCUAAAUUUAGUCAUCUCAAAAGAGGCCCCCUGACGAUUCAUUUGACGCCAGUCACGUGUCAGCAUUUCGUGAGUGAGGUGGGGGGGUUACAUGUUGACAUAUAAAGCUGUUUCAAGGGCGAAUUCUGCAUAGAAGCGCGGGCGCGCGAACAGUGGCGUUCGGAGCGCACUGCGCAAUUGCGCGCGGCUUUUUUGCUUUUGCGAAUGAAAGCGGAAUAACUGUCCACGUUGUUAACUAGGUUCGUCCACAUUUUCAGAUCCACAGUGUUUGUCCAACUUAAUGGAUAUACCACCACUAAACUGGGGUCAUGGAGAGUUGUGCGUCGACCACGGACCCCCGCGCACCGGAGAAUAUCACGUCCUGGGGGCUCCGCCACGCACGAGCUAUAGUGAUAAAACGUUGUUCACCGUCAUGAACAGUGCAGGAGUUACGGUUCAAAGUUGCUGGAUAUAGAGCGGGGAACAUCAUGCACAUAGCGGAGCUCACGCUUUCCCUCCUGCUCGCGGCGAUCAUCGUAGUGUCGUUGCUGUCCAACGUGGUGGUGCUGAUUUGCUUCCUUUACAAUCCAAACAUCAGGAAGCAGGUGCCAGGGUUGUUUAUACUCAACCUGACUUUCUGCAACCUGCUUCUGUCCGCCUCCAGCAUGCCACUGACUCUUUUUGGGGUACUGAGUAACACGCAUCCUGGUGGGCAUGUGUUCUGUGAGGUGGUCGGGUUUUUAGACACUUUCCUGACCACCAACUCCAUGCUGAGUAUGGCAGCGCUGAGCAUCGACCGUUGGGUCGCCGUAGUGUUUCCUCUGAGUUAUCACUCUAAAAUCCGUCACCGGGACGCCGUGAUCGGUCUGGCUUACACGUGGGUCCACUCGUUGUCCUUCUCCGUGGUAGCGGCGUGCCUGUCCUGGGUGGGAUACCAUCAGCUGUACGCGUCCUGCACACUUUGUAAUAACAGUGCGAUCAACGCAAAAACGCAGUUUGCGGUUUACACGCUGGCACUGCACACGCUCACGUUCCUGCUGGUUUCGGUGGUGCUCUGCGUCACGUAUCUGAAAGUGCUUAAAGUGGCGCGCUUUCACUGCAAGCGCAUAGACGUGAUCACCAUGCAAACCCUCGUGCUACUAGUGGACAUCCAUCCUAGUGUUCGCCAGCGCUGUCUAGAAGAACAAAAAAGAAGGAGACAGAGAGCCACUCGCAAAAUCAGCACCUUUAUCGGAACCUUCGUCAUCUGCUUCACUCCGUACGUGAUCACCAGGAUUGUGGAGCUAUUUGUGACUGAGCCAUUUAAUCCAUAUUGGGGUGUGCUGAGUAAGAGUCUGGCAUACAGCAAAGCUGCAUGCGACCCGUUCGUCUACUCUCUUCUGCGACACCAGUACCGUCAGACCUGCAGUGACAUUGUCAAUCGGCUCAUGCAGCGCAGUUCCCUCAAUGCCUCUGGGCAUCAGCACGAAAAUGGAAAGAUUGGAAAGACUGACGAGAUCAGGAAAAUUAGAUGGUCCAAGGAAAUUAUAAAAGAUGAGGAAGGUGAAACCAGACCUACCGACUGAAGACCUGCUGUUGCUAUAGAGAUGAACAAUCACAAAGGUAGAGCUCUUACUGUGUGAAGAGAGAGAACAAUGAGGGCAACUGAGCCAGCGGGGUGCCAGGCUCUGCAUUUCUAAACUUAAAAAUAAAUCAAGAUUUUAACUGUAGCAAAGGAGAUUUUAGUAGCAACAUAAUUCUAUUUCUUUCUUUUUCAAUUUGUCCGUCUUUCAUUCUUUUUCGCGCUGUCCUUCUUUUAUUAUUUGUCGCUAUGUCAGUUUUUCAUUCUUUUUCGCUUUGUCCGUCUUUCAUUCUUUUUCGCUUUGUGCGUCUUUCAUUAUUUUUUGCUAUUGUCCGUCUUUCAUUUCUUUUAUCUCUGUCCUUCUUUCAUUCUUUUUUGCUCUGUCCAUCUUUCAUUCUUUUUCACUCUGUCCUUCUUUCCUUUUCUUUUCACUCUGUCAAACUACUGUAAAGCUGCAAUGUUAGAGCUGCUAGUUAGCAUCAUUAAAAGAGAUUAAGUAAGGCCUAUUUUUAUUGUACUGACUUGCAACUUAUGUUAUGGUGUAAAGUUAUAAGUGCUUUUUAGAAAUACAAGUAGGUGAGUACUGUGGUAUUAAUCUAUGGAGAAAUGACUGACAACAAUAUAUGCUUUACCUUAAAUGAUAUCACAUCGUAAUAUGUGAGAAAAUAUAAGUUUGCCUCUAAUUGUACUUGUUUCAGAGAACUACAGAUGUUUUAGAUGAUGUUUUGUGGAGCUCAACGGCAUGUAGCUUUGAUUUUCUGUAGCAUGUUUUGUAUCUUCAGGGUUUAGUUGUUAAGCCCAAAAGCAAAUGGGCAGAAUUGUUCUUACAGUGCCUUUAAUUUGUUUUAUUGUAAAACAAACCUCCUUAGAUUACAUUUUUAAGCUGUUUUCUAUAAUCACGAACACAUCUGCAAGCAUGUUUCAGCUGGGAAUUGUGUUGUAUAAACCAAUAGGGAAGAUUUUAAACAACAACUAUAAACAAUUAAGAUUAGUUUUUAUUGAGAGUAAAAAGCUCCAUUUAUUUCUUGCCCUAGAUAAUAAAAAAAUUAGGGAUGUCCUGAUUCGAUAUUCUGGAUGGGUAUGGGGGCGGAUCCAGGCUGUUUUGCUGGAUCAGAUAUCGGAUCAAGGACCGACAACAUGACUGAUUCCGAUACUAUGCGUUAGCUGUGGUUUUUACUGACAAGCUAUUAAAAGGACAUAGUAUUAUAAAAGCACCAUAAGCGUUUCAUGCACUAUAUUCAAAGUCUUUAAAUACACUCUGUAGCUUCAUGUGAAGGAGCAAGUAAGUAAGUAACUUACUCGCAAACUGAGAUAAUUCACUGGUGAAGCAGGCAGACGGUCAUUCUCACAAACAAACACAUGACAACUGUAGGCUAUUUUAAAGAUCUGAUUUUAUGAAGUCUCAGUAAGCCGCUGGAUGGAUGCAAUUUACUAUGUGCUGAGCACAUGAUGCAUCUAUUCCCUUUGUGUUUUACCAGUUAUGAAAUGCCCAUUGCUGAGCGAGGAUUCCCAUGAGAGGAGGCUUCAAUUAAACGUAGCACGUAUAUGACUUAGGUGCAUCAAUUCUGCACCCGGAAUGUGCAUAAAAAGUCAGAUCAAGCGCAUAAUUCCCAAAAUAACCAUCUGCACACUAAAGCUUUUUUACUAUGACAGUUUAAGCCAAUAAGGAAAAAAUAUUUAGCAUACUUAAUUGAUCAAACGUACCUAUUAUAUGUUCUCUUAAACACUGCCAUGAUUAAUACUAAUAACUUGUAAAUCAUUAUAAAUUGAUGGGGGGUGAUGGCACACUGGAUAAGGCACACGCUUUUGGUGUGAGAGACCUGGGUUCGAAUCCACUGUGAGCAAGACACUUUACCCCUAGUUGCUCCAGAGGCCUGCGACCUCUGACAUAUAUAGCAAUUGGCUUUAUGCCCAGCUGCACUACUUCCUGAACUUCAGCCAGCUCCUUGUUUCCUGUCUGCCAUUAUUGGACAAACUGAUUAAUCCAGGUGUGUCUGAUUAUUGUUGUUGUGACUACUGAGGUCAGGCACACCUGGAUUAAUCAGUUUGUUUGUGACUACUGAGGUCAGGCA